GAGGCGGGGUCGCUGAGCAGGUGCACGAACGUCUGUCUGGUCUGCUGUGUCCUGUUCUCCGCCUGAAGAACCUAGGAAGAGAGUAGAGAAACGAUCUCUUGCGGAGUUUUAUAGCAUCACAGGCCACGUGAGAACAAAGACGGUGUGGCUGACGUCCCUGGUGACUUUAUUCUCAGGCUUUCCUGGCUCAGGUUAUGUUGUGAUCACGCCACUGUGGAUACUGAGGAAAGCUGGGGUGAGAACCUGUAGCUACCAUGGGAGAUGAAGAUUGGGAAGUGGAAAUCCUCAAACCUCACAUGUCUUCCUACAUUCCUGUAUUUGAGAAGGAUAAAUACUCUUCUGGAGCGAAUGGAGACACUUUUAACAGGUCUUCAUCAGAAAUGGAAGAUGGGCCUUCUGGAAGAGAUCAUUUCAUGAGAAGUGGAUUUUCCUCUGGAAGAAAUUUGGGAAACAGAGAUAUUGGCGAGUCUAGUAAAAGAGAGAACACACCUCCAGCUGGGAGCUUUGGAAGAGGAAAGGGUUUUGGAAACAGAGGUUUUUUAAAUAACAAGUUUGAAGAAGGUGAUAGCUCUGGUUUCUGGAAAGAGUCUAAUAAUGACUGUGAAGACAAUCCAACUCGGAACAGAGGCUUUUCCAAGAGAGGCGGCUAUCAAGAUGGAAAUGAUUCAGAAACUUCAGGGCCAUUCAGAAGAGGUGGAAGAGGUAGUUUCCGAGGUUGCCGUGGAGGAUUUGGUCUAGGAAGACCAAAUAGUGAAUAUGACCAAGAUCAGGGGACACAGCGUGGUGGUGGCCUUUUUGGUUCUAGAAAACCAGCAGCAAGUGAUUCAGGUAAUGGCGACACUUACCAAAGCAGAAGUGGAAGUGGACGAGGUGGUUACAAAGGGUUAAAUGAAGAAGUAGUGACAGGCUCUGGAAAGAAUUCAUGGAAGUCAGAAGCUGAAGGAGGAGAAAGCAGUGAUAUUCAAGGUCCAAAAGUGACAUAUAUACCCCCUCCUCCACCCGAGGAUGAGGAUUCCAUCUUUGCACAUUAUCAGACAGGCAUAAACUUUGAUAAAUAUGAUUCCAUACUUGUAGAAGUAUCUGGACAUGAUGCACCACCAGCAAUUUUGACUUUUGAAGAAGCUAAUCUCUGUCAAACCCUGAAUAACAACAUUGCAAAAGCUGGCUAUACCAAGCUUACUCCUGUGCAGAAAUACAGCAUCCCCAUUGUGUUAGCAGGACGAGAUCUGAUGGCUUGUGCUCAAACAGGGUCUGGGAAGACUGCAGCUUUUCUCUUGCCGAUUUUGGCUCAUAUGAUGCGGGAUGGAAUAACUGCCAGUCGCUUUAAAGAGUUGCAGGAACCGGAGUGUAUUAUUGUAGCACCAACUCGAGAAUUGAUUAACCAAAUUUAUUUGGAAGCCAGAAAGUUUUCUUUUGGGACUUGUGUGAGAGCUGUUGUCAUAUAUGGAGGAACCCAGUUUGGUCAUUCAAUCCGACAGAUAAUGCAAGGCUGUAACAUACUAUGUGCUACUCCAGGGAGGCUGAUGGAUAUUAUAGGUAAAGAGAAGAUUGGUCUCAAACAAGUCAAGUACUUAGUUUUGGAUGAAGCUGAUCGAAUGUUGGAUAUGGGUUUUGGACCAGAAAUGAAGAAGUUAAUUUCUUGUCCGGGAAUGCCAUCAAAGGAACAACGCCAAACUCUUUUAUUUAGUGCAACUUUUCCAGAAGAAAUCCAGAGGUUGGCUGGGGAGUUUUUAAAGUCGAAUUAUUUGUUUGUUGCUGUUGGACAAGUGGGUGGAGCUUGCAGAGACGUUCAGCAAACCAUUCUUCAAGUUGGCCAGUAUUCAAAAAGAGAAAAACUUGUUGAGAUUCUACGAAACAUAGGUGAUGAAAGAACUAUGGUUUUUGUUGAAACCAAGAAAAAAGCAGAUUUUAUUGCAACUUUUCUUUGUCAAGAAAAAAUAUCAACUACAAGUAUUCAUGGUGAUCGGGAACAGAGGGAGAGAGAGCAAGCUCUUGGAGAUUUUCGCUGUGGAAAGUGCCCAGUUCUUGUUGCUACUUCAGUAGCUGCCAGAGGGCUUGAUAUUGAAAAUGUUCAACAUGUUAUCAAUUUUGAUCUUCCUUCUGCCAUUGAUGAAUAUGUUCAUAGGAUUGGGCGUACUGGGCGUUGUGGAAAUACUGGCAGAGCAAUUUCUUUUUUCGAUACUGAAUCUGAUAAUCAUUUAGCACAACCUCUAGUUAAAGUACUAUCAGACGCUCAACAGGAUGUUCCUGCAUGGCUAGAAGAAAUUGCCUUUAGUACAUAUGUACCUCCUGGUUUCAAUAAUAGCACAAGAGGAACUGUGUUUGCAUCUGUCGACACUAGGAAGAAUUACCAGGGCAAGAACACUUUGAAUACAGCAGGGAUUUCUUCUUCACAAGCUCCCAAUCCAGUCGAUGACGAGUCAUGGGAUUAAAGCAAACAAGCAUACCUCAAGUCUGAUAGUUUUGAUGCAGAGAAGAAAACAGUUUUUAUUUUUAAAAUUUUAACAGAAGUGUGAAACCUGAUAUUCUUAUAUCUCCUGUUCUUCUGUUCUUACUCCAAACCCUUAAAAAAAAAUAACCAUCUUCAUUGAUUAGUUAUGUGAGAUGCUGAAAGUUACAACAUUGCAGUUACUGAUACAAAUGCUGUUAACUGAAGACAUUAAAGCAUUCUAAAUAUUUUGCUUAUUCCUAGAAUAUUCUUCAGAAAGUUAAGACAUGUUUCAUGUCCAAGUGCUAAGUCUUAGUAUAGUGUUUAUGAUCUUAUAAAACAAACAACAGGAUAUGAUGUAAGUUUGGUUAAUUAUUGGGUCUAAUUUCUACUUGAUCCUCUAAAAGAAUAGUGUGUGGGUACAAUGUAAUAACAUGAUUUUCAUGAAACAGUUGAGACUGAAGCCUUUCAAAGUUAUUUGAUUUUUAGAUCAUCAGUCAUGUAAUGAAAAUGGUUCAGUUUGCAAUGUGAGUCCUGUACUUGGUGGUAUGACAAAUGUUUGCUUUUAUAACAUACAGAUUUUCCUUGGAAAUAAAAGAUGAAACACAUUUCCCCCUAA